AUGGCCUUUUCUAAAAAUUUUGACGGUGCCCUGCACUACGUCACAUCACUAUGUGAAAGGUCGGGUCUACCACCGCAUGACCUGUUGUGCUAUGAAACGCCGGUGAAGAACGCCACUGGUGAGAGGGCUGAACCUGACCCAACCCAACACAACAUAGCCCAGCACAAUACAACACUCUCUGGAAUCGAAGGCAGCUUUCCACUUCCGAUGAGCACGGAGGAGAAGGCGGGGAAGAAGAAAUAG